CAUUCUCAUAACCCCAACAAUCAUCGCGAGCAAUUUGUCCGACCAAUAUAUCCACAACGACACGACGAAAACAAGAUGCCUUACUCCUCURCCGAUGGACACGUCGUCGCCAACAAAAACAACAAUACAAACUCCGUAUCGAAACGAUUGCACCAUMAGUACUACACGAAGUCUCAAACAUCGCCACUGGUCAGAGUCGCCAUGAUUGCGUCUACUCUGGCCGUAGUUGCCGGCAGRGCUGUGGCAUUUUCGUCGAACAAUGCGAGAUCCACUUUUCUCCGACGGCACUCCAAUAUAUCGAGGCAAUGGGCGACAAAGGGCUUGUGCUUCGACGCGCCCCGAUACACCCGGGGAUUGUUUAUGGCGGCCAUGACGGAGGCAGACGRAGCCGCGGACAUCGACAUCGAUCGCACCUGGAACCUAGGAGGCCUCCGAAAGGAAGUCACCCGUUUGACCCUUCGAUGCCACAAGAAGACAGGAAAAGCAAACCAGCGACUCCAGAAAGCCCAGGAYGAAGUGGAGCGACUGACUGGAUCCGACGAUGUGUCGAUGGAAGAAUUGGAGAAGUGUCCGAACCUGGACGAGCUGGAAGCCCAGGUGGAGGAACUCCGAACCCGGCUUGCGCAACUAAACSAGUUGGAGGAGUUGUUGGCAGACGUGAAGGGAAAGAACGUUGUCCUACCCGAAGAAAUUGCAUCGCUAGCAAUUGCUCUGGAAGUCAACGACGAGCCUCCAAAACGACAGGAACGAGGUCCCAAGAAGAAAAAAGGUCCCAGGGUCAUGAAUUCGUUCCGCCUUCCAUACCGUCGAUUCUAUACCGCAAACAAAACGGAAAUCCGGGUAAGUGUUUCGUUUUUCAGCAGUUACAGGUUGCCCUGCCCGUUACAACUGGUYAUCCUUUUCUGACAACCGAUGUCCCCGGUAUUCUGCSCGUAUUUUUCUCUCAGGUCGGAAAACAAGCAGAGGACAACGAUGAGCUAUCCAUCAAACCCGAACACAGAGAUGGAGCAGACUGGUGGAUGCAGUACGUGUCAAAUUGUUUAAUUUGAAAACGCUGUUGGUGUGGCCCUCGAACCAAAAUAGAGGCGUGUUUGCUGGAUAUUCUUCCCCCCUCGCCUUUUUCUUUCUCACCGUGGCUCACAAACAAACUUGUUGUUGCGAAAUUACAUCUCCAGCGCCUCGGGCUGCCCCGGAAGCCAUGUGGUGAUCCGUUGCCACGAUCAGAAUCUGAAUGACGAGGUCGUCAUGGACGCGGCAGCGCUAGCAGCCCGGCAAUCCAAGUGCAGCGGUGGCGUCAUCAAGGUCAGUUUGACGCGGGCCCGCGACGUCAAAAAGCCUCCGGGUGCCAAGGCUGGACUGGUCAUGCUGACGGGCAAUGUUCGCACCGUCUCCGUCAACAUGAAACAGGCCCAGGAGCGCCUCGAUCGACUCGACAAAACAGUGCUCGUGAAUUAGCCUUUACCGUACUCAGUGGGGUAUUACAAAGAAACCACCUAGCAUGCA